ACUGCGCCACCGCCAGCCAGUCUCGGAGGUUCGAUAUCGAGAGCACCAAUAGAAAAGGCAUGCUCAUCCGCUCUUCGCUUGAUGCCGAAAAUCUUCGUAUCUUAUUGAUAAAUACUUAAGCAACGUAGUAUCAUCAUGAACGCACGAUUAGCCGUUCCUUUAACGGGCCCAAUUUACUCCGAUACGAGAGAUGAGCUUCUUCUCAAGUUAUGGGGUUCAGCAAAUCCAACGCAAGAAGAUCUUGAGUACAUGGACUUUUACUUUAACUGACUACGCCUCCCAAUGUCAUAAAUUCCUUCUAGACGGAGGCCGACACGUCUCCGUCUCAACUCACGCGGACGUAGUCGAGAUCAUAUCUCAGAUCCACCAAGACAAGGAGCGAACAAGCCUUCACCAAGAAGUCUCAAAGAAACUCGUCGGAGGAAGCUCACCAAACACCCACAACAGCGUCAACGGGUCCCUAAACCUGUGCUCCAGACUCCUCAUCAUGACGAGCAUCGGCGAGCCGCCCCUGGGCACAGACGGCCCGAACACGAUCCACUGGGACGCCGGCACGCUCCGGGACUUCACAAGCGCGUACUUCGGGCCUGCCAGCAACGGCGGCGUAAAGCUGCACCCGGACAACGCGCAGAUCGGGCGGAUCUUCACGGCGCUGAAUCUGACGAGGAUAGGCGGGAUGCGGAUAGAAUGGACGCGGAACCUCGCGGACCACCUCCGGCUCGUGGACGACGACAAGACGGUAUCCAUCUUCGACUGCGCGGCGUUCCUGAAGUUCCAACGGGCCGUUGACAACCCUUUAUUCCCGCCUGCCUUCGUCGACGAGACGCUGCGCACGCUAUCGCUCCUGCUCCCGCAGAACGACAGUAGGACGGCGUCGUGGCUGGCGGCGCAGGUCGCGACGCACGAUCUGGACCCGGCGCUCGCCGAGUGCGGCAGCCUGAACGCGCGCGCGCGCCGCUUCGAGAACUUCGUCUACUGGCACGACCGGCUCGUGGUGCUGAGGCAGGCGCUCGACGAGGCGCGGCCGCAGACGCUGUCGCAGUGGUGGCACGACCGCCGGAACGGCGUGCAGUGGUACACGUUCUGGGUCGCCAUCCUCGUGUUCCUGGUGACCAUCUUCUUCGGCCUCGUGCAGAGCGUCGAGGGCGCGCUCCAGGUCUAUCUCUCGUGGCAGGCACUCGGGCAAGAUGGGUAAAACGAACACGCACACACACACACACAACAUGGACGGGAUAAUGACAGUUUUGUUAUUCUUUUCUCACUCUCUCUUUCCGGUUUCCCCCCUUCCCAGCUAUCCUUGCAAAUCGUAAGGAUGAAAAGUUGGGGAAAG